CAUACUUGUAACAUGAAACAUAGUUGAAAUAAAUCAGUUCACGUUCAACCUUCGAGCAUUAAACAUCACAAUAUUGGCGACGACGGGAUUUUUUUUUCUGUACCGCGUGUGUGAAGAAUGAGUGUAGAACGUGCGGAGCAAGGUGGUGCGGUGCCACGGACGGCACGCGAGGCCCCCAUAGGAGGGCCUGGAGGAUCGUUUUUUGGGACGAUUGAGCCUUUCGUACCAGAGGAAGGGAAUGAUUUUGAGGACUAUUUGGAGCGUAUGGAUCAUCUGUUGGCGUUUAAUGGCGUCGCGGAAGAUUCUAAGAAAUGUUCGGCGUUCAUUUUCUUUGUGGGAAAUGCAUGCGUGAAAAAGCUAAAAGCAGCAAUUCAGCCAGAUCCUGUGACUAGUUUGACGUACAAACAAAUGAAAGACAUCCUGAAGGAGAAGUUUAUGCCAAAGAAGAGUGUCACGGCGGAGCGUUUUAAAUUCUAUGGGAGAAAACAGGAAGAAGGUGAAUCGAUCACGGACUACGUGAGUGAAUUGCAACUUUUGGCAAGUUCGUGUAAGUUUGGGCAAUUCUUGAAAGAAGCUUUGCGUGACAAGCUAGUUUGCGGAGUACGUUCAUCAAGAAUUCAAGCGAGACUGCUGGAUGAGGACAAGAACUUUGAUCAAACGCUCAAACUGGCUAUAGCGAUGGAGUUGUCGGAAGAGAACGUUAAAAUGAUGAAGCCUGCGAAAACAGUGGCGGCCAUUAAGAAAUCGAGUCAGAAGGAGAAAAACUUUGCACCGAAAGGGAAGAGUCACGGAGGCAAUGGAAACUCAAAGAGAGGAAAUUUCAGUGACUCAAAACUCCGGGAGUACAGACAACGAGAUGAAAGUACUGACCGGAGGGCUUCAAAGAGAAGGAAUCGAUCCCCGAUCAAGUGUUUCCGAUGUGGAAACUGGGGGAAUCACGUGGCUGCGGAGUGCACUGUGGGAAAAAAGUCAAAGCGAGAACGACGCGGUGAAAGGGCGAAUAAACGUCACUUGCGGGCAAUACAGGAUUCAGAUGAUGAAAUCUCAACGGAAAGCAGCUACGAUUCCGAUCGCAUGGGAGAGAAAGUACAAAAUUUGAGGCUCGGAUCUGUAAUUCGAGAGGCUAAGUUUCAACCGCCGCCGUUGGUGAGUGCAAACGUUGGAGAAUCCGUAAGUAUUGGAUAUGAGACACAACACCACGCCCACGACGGAGCAUGGUCUCUCUCCUUUGCAGAGACUUCUCCAAUAUUCACCACGGACGCUCUUACACGUCCUAAAUCCCAACACGAAGGAAGUCCCAGUGAGACACCGGAAGCUUAA